GUCAGAGGAGCCGCCGCCACUAGAGCGAGGACCUGGAAACUGUCAUCCUAGUCUGCCCAGAUGAGCAGUGUUGUGUUAAAGGUGCACUCCUGGAUAUGUGACAUGCAAGCUGUCCACAAGCAGCAGCUGAUCCUGUGUGGGCAGAGCGCAGGCCAGGGAGCAGCCUUGAUCCUGGAGACCGGUGCAUUUACUGACUAGAGUUCUGCUGACAUCGUGGCCAAUCCUGAGGUUGCCCAGCUACUCAGCAACGCUGAUCCAGCACCCCAGCAUCCGUCUUUCACAGCCUCCUACGGUGGAGAGGGAGGCUGGUGCGGCCACCAGCGCCCCCAGUUGCAAGACCUUCUUCCCCUGAGAGUGAACCCUGACCCGGUCCUGCUGGAGAUGGACGGGGCCUCUGAGUUUGCGGAAUAUGCAUCAGACGCGGUGGACGUCCCAUCACCCUUUGAUCUCCUGGAACCCCCAACCUCUGGGGGCUUCCUCAAGCUCUCCAAGCCCUGCUGCUACAUCUUCCCAGGAGGGCGGGGCGAUUCCGCCCUCUUUGCUGUCAAUGGGUUUAAUAUCCUGGUGGAUGGCGGCUCAGAGAGGAAAUCCUGUUUCUGGAAGUUGGUGCGGCACCUGGAUAGGAUUGACUCAGUACUCCUGACCCACAUUGGGGCUGACAACCUCCCAGGUAUCAACGGGCUCUUGCAAAGGAAGAUCGCGGAGCAAGAUGAAGAGCAGUCUCAAGGCUCCACCAACUACAGCGACUGGAUGAAGAACCUCAUCUCUCCUGAACUUGGGGUCAUUUUCUUCAAUGUUCCUGAAAAGCUCAAAAUGCCCGAGUCCUCCAUGAAAGUGAAGCGGAGCAUUGAAGAGGCCAGCCUGACGCUGCAGUAUCUGAACAGGCUGGGCAUGAAACCAGAGCCUCUCUACAGAGUGGUCAGUAACACCAUUGAGCCCAUCACGCUGUUCCACAAAAUGGGGGUGGGAAAACUGGACAUGUACAUCUUGAACCCUGUCAAAGAGAGCAAAGAGAUGCAAUUCCUCAUGCAGAAGUGGGCUGGAAACAGCAAAGCCAAGACCGGCAUCAUUCUGGCCAACGGGAAAGAAGGGGAGAUCUCUGUCCCCUACCUGACGUCCAUCACAGCUCUGGUGGUUUGGCUCCCAGCAAGUCCAACUGAAAAAAUAGUAAGAGUUUUGUUUCCUGGAAACGCUCCACAAAAUAAGAUCCUGGAAGGCCUUGAGAAGCUACGACACCUGGAUUUCCUGAAGCAUCCAGUCGCCACACAGAAGGACGUGUCUUCCGCAGUGCCGUCGUCUGCCAUGAAGCAGACCAAGAUGAAGCAGAGGACUGACAGCAGAGAGAGCCUGAGGUCUUCCUCCAAGCAAUUUGCAGCCAAGGGAGCAGCUGAGGAGGGGCUGAAGGAAGUCAAGGCCGAAACAGCAAAGGAGACCAAAAAGGCAAAAGAACCCUCUGAAAAAAACCCAGAGAAACCUGCGAAGCCUGAAAAGAUGAAAACAGACGCAAACGAUGCCCUGAAAGCUGAGAAGAGGAAAUUAGCUAAAGACAAAGUUGGCAAAAAGCACCUGAAGGAAAAAGCUUCUAAACUGGAGGAGAAAAGGGACAAGGAGAAGAAGGAGACUAAGAGGAAGGAACUGAAGAAGGACGACGGGAGGAGGGAAGAAAGGAAGGACUCAAAAAAAGAAGACAGGAAGAAAGAAGUCAAGCCUGAACUGAAGAAAAUGUCCAAGCCGGACUUCAAGCCCUUCACUCCUGAAGUCAGGAAGACCUUAUUCAAAGCCAAGGCCCCAAGCAGGGCAAAGCCAGAGAAGGUCCGCAGCAGAGCUGAAAAGGAGCCUCCAGCAGAGCAGAGGAGGAAGCGUGGCCAGCCGCCCGAGCCGGACCUCGCCGAGCCCAGGCUGCUCCUGUCUUCCCCAGAAGACCUGACCAAGGACUUUGAGGAGCUGAAGCGCGAAGAGCAGAUGAAGCGGCAGGAAGGGCUUCCUUCUGCAAAGGUCAAGGAGCUCCUGAAGCAGGAAGACGGUCCCAGCAGUUGGGCCACCGCAGUUCAGGAAGACGGCCUCCUAGCAGAAGAGCCCUCUGCUCCAGCAGUUAUUUCCCCAGCUGCCCCAGAGAAGGACAUUAUUUCCCCCACAGCUUCAGGGGAGUCACCACCGCCCCAUCCACUGGAGGACAGAGGAGAAACAGCUGGAAGUGAGGAAGCAGCCCGGGUGGGACACCUGAAGAAAGGAGAAUUUGAGAAGAAUGUUCUAGAGAUUCCUGGAGAAAAAACAGGAGAUCGGGGAGAUCAGGUUUCAGCAACCGGUGGUUCCCUGAGCAGGAUGCAAAUGGAGGGAGAAGAAGGGAAAUGGGUGGGCACCCGAGAAGAAAGCCAGCCAGGAAAGAGAGGAGAUAUCAUUGAGAAGGCAGAACAGGAAGAGAUGGAGGAACGAGUCAUAAAGGCUGAAGGGGACGAGCUGAAGAGGGGCCGUUUAUCUCUCUUCCACCAACUAGAGGACGCCGCUUGGCCCUCUGAAGGAAGAGAGCUCAAGGAAGACACGGGGAGUAGAAUCAAAGGACACGGGAAGGCAGCAGGGAAAGAGGAGCCGCCCUCGUUCGCUCCAGUCCCCUCCGGAGAACACGUCUCCUACAUCCAGGACGAAACCAUCCCUGGCUACUCAGAAACUGAACAGACCAUUUCUGAUGAGGAGAUUCAUGAUGAGCCGGAGGAAAGAGCUCCGCACGUCAGCUCCUAUCACGUGUCUGGGCCGGGCCAGGCCAGCCUAUUUGAAGCAAUCCAGGGGAUCUCAGCCGUGACAGCUGCCGAAGGGGCCAAAGGCUAUGCUGGUCAGGAAGCCGACAUCCUCAACUACCCCACAAACAUUGUGGCCGCCCCCUUGGCUGAAGAGGAGCACGUCUCCUCAGCAACCUCGAUCACGGAGUGUGACAAGCUGUCCUCCUUUGCCACCUCGGUGGCAGAGGACCAGUCUGUCGCGUCCAUCACAGCUCCGCAGACGGAAGAGACGGGCAAGAGCUCCUUGCUGGUGGACACCAUCAACAGCAUCCCUUCAUCUCGAACAGAGGCUACCCAGGGCCUGGACUACGUCCCCUCUGCGGGCACCAUCUCCCCCACCUCUUCCUUGGAGGAGGAUAAAGGUUUCAAGUCUCCACCGCCUGAAGACUUCCAUGCAUUAACAGAAGGGGAGAGAAAACAUCAGUCCUCCAAAAAGGCCUUGCAAGAGAAGGAGGAGGAGGAGGAAGAGGAAGCUCCACACACUGAGCGGUUUCAGAGAGCCCAUUACGACGCUCCAGUGUUUUCUCACAAGGCGGAGGCAGCCCCAGAAGCAGCCCAGGCCGCCCUACUGCUGUUGACUGAAGAAGGAUCCCAGUUCCUUCCAGCUGAUUCUGGCGAUGCUGAAGAGCGCUGCGUGAGCCCCGACGACAGCACCGUCAAGAUGGCUUCCCCCACCCAGUCAGGCCCAACCAGUGCUGGGCACACGCCGUUCCACCAGUCUCCUGUGGAGGAAAAGUCUGACACGGUGGAGGCAGAGCUGUUUGACAAGGGCCCUGUCAAGUGGGACGGAGGAGGGGGCCUCAGGACAGGGGAGACAACUGCUAUGGACGACGGAGAAGAAGCAGCUUCUGGCCUCCUGCAGGACCAACAGGGCCCAGGAAGCAGGAGCCCCGUGCAGGCAGAACGUGUGUCUUCCCAGAGCGAAAGCCAGAGUGUGCCCCCGGAAAGAGAAGAGCUGUCAAUACACUUCUACCACAAACAGGAAACCCUGGACAUUUCUGAUCUGUUCCCUCCCACCAAAGACACCCUUCCAGGGCCCCAGGAGGAUGCCAGUCUGGAACGUGGAAAGGGCCCCGGGGACAAGGAGUUCUCUGCGGCAGAAAUACCUCCUCCAAAAGGGUGGGGGGAAUUUGCCGACAGACCUGAAGAGGACCCAUCCAGGCUCACACCUCUACAAGAUGCUUCUGCAGGUGGAGUGACACUUCCCAAAGGAAGUUCAGGUGAAGCCAAAUCUGCAGAACAGAGCAACACGCUGCAUUUUGUAGAACAGAGUUCAGACCAAGAGAAGCUGCUGCCUGAUGCUGUCAAAUGCAUUUCUCCACCACGUCACGAGGAAGAAAGCCUUUCACAUUUGUUCACCAAAGAGAUUUCUCAAAUAGAUACGAAAGAGCCCCCAGUCGAGAGAAAAUCACCCAGCGCAUUCACUGAGGAAUUCUCUUCUGCAGCAGCCAGGCACCAAGUUCAUGCUCAGAGUCCGGAUACAGGUGAGCCGCCCUCAGAAGGGCCUUUUGUCGAAGACGACAUUCUCCACUCCCUCUGUUUUUCUGAACAGACUCAAAGCGCCCACAGCACACUAAUGCUCUCCGCAGACACCGGAUUUGCUUCCUUACCAGAAAAGGGUCCCCACAAAGGACCACCUCCCACCCCUCCCUCCAACGAGACAUCUUCACUCAUCACAGAACCUGGCCACGUUCCGAGUAGGGAGUCCUUGGAAGAGGCAGAAGAGAAACAAGUAAUGGAGGAGCCAUCUCCAGAAAUGGAAGACAUUUAUCUGAAAGAUGCAAUCUACGAGAAGAAAGUGUGGUUUCCGGAAGAGGUGAAGGAAAUCCCAUGCAAGAAGCAGCAGACGUAUGAUACGGACAGAGGAGAAUGCACACUCCUAGAUGAUGAAAGAGGAGAGUGCACGUUCUUGGAUGAUGAGAUGGGAGGCUUUGUAAAGAGAACGCUGCUCUCGGUAGCUGAAGAGAGAACCAUACCUGACUCCGUGGAGUCUAAAGGUUACACUUCGGGGUUGGCAGAAAAGGAGAGUUGGGAUGCUGAAUACAGGUAUCUCCAGGAAGCAGCUGCCCCUCAGAAACCUGGGACAUUUGCUCCAAGUGACCAGCAGGUGAAAGAGAGCUUCUCUGUCCAAGCAGGUGCUCAGAAAAGAGAGCUGGAUGCAGAAGAAUGUAAAAUGUCUGUCCCCAUCAGCCCCCAGGCUCCUGAACUUGGGAGCGGCCCAAAAUCCACCUUGGACUGGGCAGCACAUGAGGUGCAGAUGGCCACUGCAGCGGAAGAGGAAGAAGAGCCCUCAGGCGCACAAAAGCAAGGUGAGGACAAAGGAGUCACAGAGCUAUAUACCGAUUCUGUGGGUGAGGCCAGGUCUACCUGCUCGCUUCUGGCUGUAUCUGCAACACCAGGAGAUGUAUCUUCCUCAGCACUGGAGAAAUCACCUGUGUCAGGUAGCAGUGCAGUCAAACUCCCAUUGGGAGAGGAGGAGGAGGAGGAGGGAUCAGAGACUGAUGCACUACCCAAAGGAACGUGGGCUCUAGAACACGCACAGGACAGAGAGGGAGGGGCCUCUCGGGAUCACCCGCAGGAGGCGAUGGUGGGGGCAGCUCCCUGGAGCCUUGGAGGGCUGGAGGAUUCUGUGUUCAUGGCCGGAGAGUCGCAGGAAACCCGACCCUCCCUUCCAGGGGGCAAUCAUGGAAGAAGCAGAGACCUCACCGUCCCUUUACAGGACAUCACCUCCUUUGACCCCGUGGAGCGUCCUCCGUGGGCGUGUGCGCUGGACUCCUCUGGCCAGUUUGAAUUCUACGAACCAAAAGAGGAUGCAAAUGGGAAAGGGCAAAGGAGGGAGGAGCGGGAACCCACUCCUUAUCCCCACGAGAAAACUUUCCAGUACGCAGACAUCUUUGACAAAGCAGCCGUGCCCGGUGCUGGGAAGGACGCCUUGUUCCAGGGAAGGAGAGCCCAACACGCCCCGAAAGGGUCGCUUUACCCCAUCUCCUCCAAGGAGGAGGAGUCCUGCUUCUACACCCCCAUUGAGAAGGAGCUGUCCUCUCCAGCUUCCCCCAAGGACAAGACAGAACCGUCCUUUGAGUACGCAGGUGUGGGUGAGGGACACUCCCUGGAGCCAAAGCACAGCCCGCCACACAGCCUGACAGACACAGAGACGCCCCACGGAAGGCCCCCCUCCUCUCUCCUGCCAGGGAGCCCCACCCACCCCUCCUCUUUGGGAGACAAAAGCUCGGUCUGUGCCUCUGGGAUCGCAGAAAGAGGCCAUCGGGGAGAAGCAGCCGGCUACCUGAGUGCUGUGCAGCCGCCAGACGCAAACAUCGCUCUGGAGCAGAAAUCGCUCCCUCCAGAGCCCAAGGAUGUCUAUUACGAGAAGGCCGGCAGAGGAGGAGGAGGAGGAGAAGAGAGCCUCAGUGACUCAGAGGUGGAGAAAGGGGCCAAGGAGGAGUCAGAGAAGGAGUCCAGACUCCCAGAGCCAUCUUCAGCUGCGGAGGCUGCCAGUGACAAGGAGCCCUACGCGGACAUCUCAUGGGGGGAGAGGGGUUGGGCCUCACAGCCGUGGGAAGAAGCAGCAGCUGAUCCUGCGCUGCUGACCUGUGCUGGGUCGUUGGGAGAGGGGAGCCAGGGGGAGCCAACAGUCUGGGGAGCAGACCCACUUCCCUACGACACCCUCAUGCACUCAAGCAGGCAGGCAUGGGGGCCGAACGUGACUUCAAUGAAUGUGUCCGUGGAAGCCAACCAAAAAUCCUCCAAGGAUGCAGCCUCCGCAACGAAACAAACAAGCGCUGCCGAUCUGUGUUUGGAGAGCCACACCAAAGGGUUCUCCUUGCUGGGUUCUGCCAAGGAGGAGAGGGAAUGUCCAAAGGCCCUUCUGAACAAAGGACUGGACUGCUCUUCCUCAGGCUUUGAGCUCUCAUCCCUAGAACAGCACCAGCCGUCCAUCCUGUUCAGACAUGACGCACACGUCUCAUCCCACCUGAGGGACACAUCUCAGACUGUGGACGUGGCUGAUCUUGUUUCCUCAGAAAAGGGAAUGGAAGACGAAUACCUGGAGGUGUCCAAAAAGGCUGCCAGGGAGGGUUCGUCUUUCACCAAAUUCUCAGGGCACAGAGAAGAGGAGGCAUUUUCUCCGGAGCAGCCACAAGUGGGGCCCCCCUGUCCUUCCAAAGGAGCUUCCUCAAAGACCUACGGCCCGGCGGUGCAGGCAGCUGCUGAGUCUUCAGGCCCCCGUUUGUUUGCCACCAGUCCAGGAGCAGCGGCGGCAGAGCCAGAUACCCAGGGCAGCAUGUGGGGCCCGUCCUUGUCGCCCCCAGCAGGCUCGGCAAAGGCACAUCCGUGUGAACUGGGUGGGGCUGCCGCUGCCACCGUGGAUGAUGGCCACCUGCCACACUCGCCUGGGUGGCGGCAGCAGCAGCCCAGCUGCACUCAGCAUCUGCAGAGCCCCAAGGAAGGGCUGCCAGCCUCUCCUCCGCCCGACGGACUGGAAGCUGCUCCCUCUCUUCAGCAGGAGGGGGCUGCCACAGCCAACGGCCCCACGGAGGUGAGCUCCAGCCCCCUGGCUUUCCAUGAUGUGUCCUGCAUUCCGGAGGAGGGGCUGGAGGAGGAGGAGGAGGAGGAGGAGGCGGUGAGCGGUGACAGGCGGGGCCGGCCCUUCUCCCUUCUGACCUCAGAGCCUCCUUUCCCGCCCUUCUGGUCAGGGACUCCGCAAGGCGGCAAAGCAGAGGGCCACGGCGACGCCUCCCACGAGCUGGAAACGUGUGUUGGAGCCACCUCAGACUAUGAGCAGAAGUUCGCAAGUGAGUACAAGCCAAGGAAGGACGAACUGUCCCCGUCCUUCAUCAACCCGAGUCCUCACGACUCCUCGGAAGACAGUGAGCUCUCCCAGGUGGAAGGGCGUCCUUCGGUGAAGGGGAGGCAACGCCCCAGUCCCGGUGGAGCUAGGCAGAGCACGGCAACAGGGGAAGAAACUCCCCCCACCUCCGCAAGUGACUCUGGGACAUCCCAGUCCGACUCAGACGUUCCUCCGGAAACAGAGGAGUGUCCCUCCAUCACCGCAGACGCUGCCAUGGACUCCGAUGAAGAUGCCGACUUCCUCCCAGUAGACAAAGCCGUGGGCAGCUCCCACCACAGCAGCGCAAGGAGCAGUCAUGACCCUCAGCCGGCUUCCGUGGUGGACCCCCAUCCUCACCCUCCCCACCCGGAUGUCUGCAUGAUGGACCCGGAGAUGCUGCUCAGCGAACAAAACGUGAGCAGGCCUGAUAAGGUAUCCAAGAAGGACAUGAAGGAGAAAACCAGAGGUGUGAGGAAGCCACUGAGUAAGCCCAAGGCCUCUUCCCCUUCGAGAAAGCCAGAGAAAUGGUCAGCUGCGCCCACGAAGCUGCCUUCCGACAGGUCUCCAAAGCCAGCCCUGGCAAAGAGAGAGAAACCACUCAAGUCCCACGCGGAAGAGAAAGAGGAGGUCUCCCGGAGCAGCCAUGGCAAGAAUCUCACCAACGGGGUCAAAACAAGCCCAGUUUCCAGCAAUCCUAAAACCAGCUCUUCUGGGCCCUCCGGACCACCCGUGUACGUGGACUUGGCUUACAUCCCCAACCACUGUAGUGGGAAGAACACGGACCACGAGUUCUUCAAGAAAGUUCGAGCUUCCUACUACGUUGUGAGUGGGAACGACCCCAGCAACGGGGAGCCCAGCCGAGCGGUGCUCGAUGCACUGCUGGACGGAAAGUCCCAGUGGGGGGAGAACUUGCAGGUGACCCUCAUCCCAACGCACGACACGGCAGUGACCCGUGAGUGGUACCAGCAGACGCACGAGAAGCAGCAGGAGCUGAGCAUCAUGGUCCUGGCCAGCAGCAGCACAGUGGUGAUGCAGGACGAGUCCUUCCCUGCCUGCAAGAUUGAGUUCUGAGCCCCGAGCCCAGCCGAGCGCCGGCCUGCCAGUCUUCUUCACUUGCCCUGCCGCCCACGGGGGCCCAUCCGGGACAGCUCCGUCGUUUCUUCCCAGGCCAGUUUUGUUUCUCUGUGGUCCUCGCUUGCCAAGAUGCCCAGGACUGGUCCAGCCUGCCUGCCUGCAGGCGUGCCGCGUCAAGGGGUCCUCCGAGGGCCAUUCUACUGUCUAGGACUGAUUUUGUUUCAUCACGCUAUAGAGUAUCUCAGCCGCCUUGAUUCUGCUCAUGCGCUCUGCCUGCCCUGCACUCCCUUCCCCGGCUGGCUCUGGUGGUUCAGGGUCAGCUCUGCGGAACUGCCUGCGUGUCUUGGCCGGAGGAACGGCUGGAAGCAAAGACGGAAAGGAUUGAAAGCGGGAGGUGGCCUGGGAACUCGGUGUGCCCACAGGAACAGCCUUCUCCCGAAGCUGCGCUGAGAGGAGAUUUGGCCGGGGGCCUUGGCGACCUGGAGGACAUCCCAGCUCUCCAGGUCACCUGAACUCUGAAGUGGUGGAGCGGCACUGGAGGUUGCAGGCAGCAGCGGGUGAGGACUCUGGACACGUGGGGAGCACACGCCCCGCCCCUUGCCGAGAGAACUGACCCACGAGAGGAGCCAGGCCGGGGGGGGUGUGUGUGGAGACUACGGGGGUUCUGCCGAGCUCCUUAGAGGGACAAAACAUGCAGUGACUCGCCCAAUCCUUUGGGCUUCCUGCCUCUCCACAGCCCCUGCAGGAGGCACCAGAGAGGUGAGCUGACCAAGCCCCCGCUUAAGGCACCGGCAGUGCACCCCCCCCACCCCCACCCCACAGGAGGGGAACAAGGCCCCGGCACAAGAGGUGGGGGGAGGCUAGGGUUGGGGCAAGUUUUCAGUCUGCGCCUCUGUGCAGAAGCCGGCCACCAUCUCCCUGCUGCUGGAAGCCUCAGAUCUCAGAAGGGACUCUGCUGUGACAGGACUUCCUUUUGCAGUUGUUGUCUAAUUUAUCUAUUUAUUUUGUUUUUCAGUGGCACCAAGUUUUUGUGAUUUUCUUUGACUGUUCUCUUUGCUGCCACCGCACUGCAGGGUGCCCCCGGCCACCCACGCACAGGGUACUCCAGUCUCUCAAUGCUGCCACUUGAGAAAUCACAGACCACCUCACCCCAAGCGGAGGAGUGGUGGGCUGCGGGGGCUCAGCCCCAAGCACUCUGGCCCUGAGCCUUCCUCAGCAAGGGCCCCCCAGUGCCGCCUUCGCGGGGCUCGUGUGGGCAUCAGGCACAGGCCACGGGUCAGAGUGACUCGGCAGCCAGGAAUGUCUCCACUGGGCACACGGGGGGCUCUGGUGACCUGGGGCUCCCCUGUGGGUUGGGGUGCCCAGGUGACGCACCAACCCACAUCUGAAUGUCUCUGUGGAAAAACUUGACGCAAACAACGGAGGGGCCGUCUGACCCACUGUGCUUUUCGCAGUGAAGCCCCUCCCCCAUGACGCUGCCUUGACCCUUGGAUGCUCUGACCAGUUCUUUCCCCAGACCAAGACCUGAGGUCCCUUGCACCUGGAUUGUCCUUCCCAAGCAGGCCGUGCCACCUGCAGCGUAUGCUAACCGUGCAGCAACCCCUCUCGAAAUGCUAGAUGAUGAUGACGACGACGACGGGCCAUGCCCAGCCCAGCCCAAGGGAUGGAGUUUGCGGCCCAUGAGCCCAGAACCCCACAGUGGGAGAAAUGUUUACAUUCUGCUUUUGCUUGUUCUUGCAUGUGGCCAAAGUGUGUGUGUUUGUUUCUCUAUGUAAGGUCAACAAACCCUUUGAAAGCUCUGACCCGCAGGACAGUAUCCUCAUCACUCCCAACACGACACCUCCUGCUCCAGCUUCCUCUGCUGCUGCAUACUGUACAGACAGAAUCAAGGUCUUCCCUGGGCCCCUUUUUAACCAUAUCAUGUAUAAAUCUAGCUGAGUCCCUCCAACGCCCCCCCCCCGCCCCCAUUUCUGUGCACAACGCUCUGUAACUCUAAUGAUUGUGAAGGGAGGGGUCUGCACUAGCCAAUAAAGCCACAUUUACUGCGA